CGACAGUCCCCUAAGAACGUCUAGAUCUACUAGACCUGCAAACGCCAACCUUUUCAUAAUACCAGAGUGCAAAUCUACAGCUCCUCGCCUCUAUGACAACCUGCAGAUGAGUACGGACUACAUGCUUCCCCCAUCAUUCUGCAAUGGAUAUCGGGGACAAUGGCGGGGAUAUCAGCGGUUUUGGUGAGGGGGAAAUAAAACCACAGCCCAGGGCAUUGCCAGAUGAUCUACCGAAAUCUCUGGAUGAUCGCAAGAGUGUUCCCUCUCACUAUACAGCAGAGACCGAGAUGUACGAUGCUUGGCAAGGACAAUCACAAUUUCUGACGACGCCUGCCCUGGCCAAACCUCUCCAAUUCACCAAUUUGUCCUUGCACGACAACGAAUAUGUCGAUGAUCUCAUGACACAGAAGAUUGAGGAUAGUGACACUCGGUUGAUGGAGAUGCUUGCAGCGCAAGCAGCACAUCGCGAUGUCACGGCCAGUGAGGACGAAGACGCAGUUGCUUCAGACAACACCCUUUCGGAUGCCGACAAGAGGGAUAUAUUGCAGAAGGCUCUCAAUAUGGCUGCUAGCAAUGGAGACGUCGAGGGGAUAGAGAGGAUUUUGGGAGGAAAGGCUAAGGAAUUCGUGGACAUAAAUGCGCCUGAUGAGGAGGGUACCGUGCCGCUGAUAUAUGCAAGUUGCUUUGGCCAUGAAGCUGUGGUUACAGCCCUGCUAGAUGCUGGGGCCGAUGUUGACAAGCAGGACCGGAAUCAAUGGAGUGCUUUGAUGUGGGCAAUGACAAAUCGGCAUAAGGGCAUUGCCAAAUCUUUGCUGGAUCAUGGCGCGUCGCCAGAUGUCAAAUCAUCUUCAGGUCGGACGGCUUUUGAUUUUGUUGCCCCUGACAGUGAUAUCUCCGGCUAUUUACAUGAUAGUGGGUAUCAUAUCGGAAGCGCUGGUGUCACAGAUGACUUCUAUAAUCCAGGAUUCUCCCAAGACCGAUUCGAGGAAGAGAUGGCGGAGAAUGAAUUGAGGAGGCGUAUGAUGAUGGAAAGCGCACGCGACCUAGAAGUCGAUCUAGGGGCCGUAGGCCUUGAUGAUGAGCCCGAGUCAUCAGAAGAGCUAGAAGAAGAGAUGCAAGAAUUUGAUUGGACUAGAUGUUUACACGAUCAAAUGUUUGUCUUCCAAGAGAACGAAUUGAGUCGUAUUCUUGACAUUAUCAUUACCAAUAUGACGCCACAACGGUCUCCUUCUCAAAAGCCUGUUCCUGCCAACAUGGUUUUCCUUAGUGCACGAUACGCCCAUUAUCAUGCCAGUCAGGAUCUCCUCGCGAAGCUCCUCAUUAGCGCUAUGGAUAAGAUCAACGAUGUUGUGGAAGCGCAUCAAUGGGACAUGACGAUCCUGGCGUUCUGGAUGUCCAAUGCUACCUUAUUAUUACAUUACUUGAAAAAAGACGCUGGACUGUCUGUAUCAACUACCGAAUUCCAGCUACAACUAGCAGAGCUGAUCAACGAAAUUUUCAUUCUCAUCAUCAGAGAUGCUGAGAGGAGGAUGGAUAAGGUCUUAGACUCUGCCAUGUUGGAUCACGAGACAAUUCCAGGCUUUGAAGAUAUUGCUUUUCAACAUGAAUGGAAGAUAUUCAAGAGGAAGAACCAAGUUAAGGAGGAACCACCGGAGAAGAGAUUCCGACCUCCUUCCCCGAAACAAAGAGCGAAACCUUCACCACGAAAUGUUACAUCGCUGCUGUCCUCAACCCUUUUUGUGUUGGAUCUGUACGACAUUCAUUCUGUCAUAACCUCACAGGUCUUGGCCCAGCUGUUCUACUGGUUAGGAGCUGAGCUUUUCAACCGUAUUAUGUCGAACCGCAAAUACCUCGCUCGGACCAAGGCUAUGCAGAUUCGCAUGAAUAUCUCAGGUCUUGAAGAUUGGGCGCGCACAAACAAUCGGCAGCCGGAACACUAUGAACAUGGUUCUAUGACUUCCACUGGUGAGAAUACCGUUGAUGCAGCACGGCGUCACCUUGCACCUGUCAUUCAGCUGUUGCAAUGGCUACAGUGUUUUUCGUCAUUAGGAACGGAUGAUCUGGAAGCACUGGUCGGCACCCUGCAGCAACUAACCCGGCUUACACCACCACAAUUGAUUCAUGCCGUGAAACAUUAUCGACCCGAGGUUGGGGAGAAGGGACUGCCGAAGAGUGCCAUGAAGUACCUAAUCAACUUGCAAAGAGAGAGCCAGCUGCGCAAGGAGCGGCAAAGAAAUGCCGCUGCGUCUACAAAGCCAUCGCGUGAGACUGCGCCUACGACACCGGACAAGAAGAAGACAACUAGUCAAGAGCCAGAUACGCCGGACUCCAAUGAGAAGUCAGUCGCGCCAAAGAACGAUGAUCAAGAAGAGGAAGAUGAUGCGCCAGAACACCUUCUCUUAGACCCUUCUCUCAUGCUACCAUUUUCCUUGCCCACGAGUACGGACAUGCGAGUGAGCUACGGCGCUGGAUUUGGAGGGGUGAACAGGGAGAGGGAACGUAAAUACAUACCCACGGCAAGCCCUGAAGUGCUUGCAAAACUAGACGUGGGUAGUAAUGGACGGGUGAGGUCGGCAUUUGAGGAGCGAGAUUGGGAGAAUGAGGACAUUUGAUAGAGAAGUACUCCUGCAGGAGGUGCAAGCGUGGCGUUGGGACUCGGGAGGCGUUCCGCAACAAAUACCGUCAAAAACGCCUGGGGCUACCUAUGAUCUUAUACCUAAGUUAGGGAUCGACUCAGAUAGAAGAUUCAAUUCUCCGACCGGAAAAUGAUAAGAUAGGUGACCAAGCAAUCGGGAGUAGAAUAGCAAUCCGAAAACCCUCUCUGCAU